AAAGAUCUUUAAAUUUUUAUUUCAUAAAAUGACAUUAAUUGUUGUAAAAUUAAAUGACCAAAAAUGUCGAGCAAUAAUUGCAACAAACUUUUCAAAUUCUUUUUGUGGGUCUAAAUUAAUUAAAAAUAUGGGUAUAACGGCAAAACAAUUAAUCAAUUCACCAAAAGUAAAUACAAGUGAUGGAACUCAAAUUGAAUUUAUUGGGGAAGUUGAAGAACACGAGGAUUUAAUGCAUUCAGUUUCGAUUGAAAUUGGGCCUUGGAAAAGUGAUGGAAUGAUUCCUUUGUUGGUUGCUUGGGAUUGCCCUGCUGAUAUGUUAAUUGGAAAUGAUUUAAUUACUGAAAUUGGAAAAACUUUCCCAAUUAAAUUUGAAUUUUACAAAAAUGCUGUUAAUAUUGGAGAAACUAGAGUAUCUAUGUUAGACCCGCUUUCUUCUGAAGAAAAAUUUAUUUCUGUUGUUGUCAACGAUCCUCGUACAAAUAAAGAGGUUGGAAAGGAAACUUGGCGAAAAGGGAAUAAAGAAACUUUUGUGCCAGGGGGGUUAGUGACAAGGCGAGUUGAAGUUGUUGGGAAGGAGGAUAGUAAAGGUUUGGAUAUUUAUUUUAAAAUUGUAUAG